GAAAAUGGCGGCUCCGUGCAAGGUCCCUCCUCGGCUUCUCUUGGGAUUUGCAGCAAGGCCUUUUUCUGGUUCGGAAGCCAGGCCCUUCAGCGCGGAGCGUCUGGCGGAGAAGCUGCGGGCUCAGAAGCGGGAGCAGCCGAAGGAGGCUCCCAAAGACCCGGUGCGAAGGCGCGUCUGGGAACUUGUGCAGCUGACCCAGCAGUUGCAGCGGGUUCAUCCUAACGUUCUGGCCAAAGCGCUCAAAAGAGGGAUCCUCUACCAGGACGACAAGAUCGUUGUCAUCAACAAACCCUACGGCCUCCCUGUUCACGGUGGUCCCAAAGUAAAGACUUGCAUUGCGGAUAUUCUGCCAGUACUGGCAAAGAUGUUGUAUGGCAUGAAGUCUGAACCCCUUCACUUGUGUCACCGGCUAGACAAAGAAACAACCGGGGUGAUGGUGCUGGCACGAAACCAGGACACAGCACACCAGGUCCAGGAGUUUUUCAGGACCCGGCAGGUGGAGAAGAAAUACUG